GGAGAGGGGGUUGGGACCGGGCUGCGGGGCCGCGGCGGCGGCGGCGGCGGCGGGGAGGCCGCGGCGCCCUGGGCGGGGGCGGGGGGGGGGGGGCGUAGGAGCGCACCGCGGGGCCGGAAGGGGGCAGCGAGGCGGCGCCGGCGGCUGCGGAGUUAUCUCCACGCCGUAGUGGGGACCCGGCCGGGCGGGGCGGGGCGGGGCGUGCACCGGGGCCGCGGGCGGCGCGCCGGAACCGUUGGCCUCAGGGCCCCGCCGCCCGCGCUCCCGCCCGCCGGCGCACGCGGAGGAGGCGGUGGCGGUGUUCGCGGUGGCUGAGGAGGAGGCGGUGGCGGCGGCUGUGGUGGCGGCGGCGGCAGCAGCGGCGGCGGCGGCGGCGGCGGCGGCGGCCGCAGAAGGAGGAGGGGAGCUCGGAGCAGGAGGUGAGGUGGAGAAGCCAGAGGAGGCGGAGGAGGAGGUGGAGGUGGAGGAGAGGAGCGGCCAGAAGGAGGAGGAUGGAGGAGCAGCCGAAGGAGGGCGAGGCCGAGGUCGCGGAGCACUGGUUCUCUAAGUGGGAGCGCCAGUGCCUGGCCGAGGUGGAGCAGGAAGAGGACCUGCCCCCGGAUCUGCAGGAGGAGGUGGCCCCCGAGACGGCGGGGCUCAAGAGCGAGCAGCAGAAGCUGUGGCACCUCUUCCAGACCUCAGCCACCGCCGUGGCCCAGCUCUACAAGGAUGCGGGGUGCCAACAGCCAGGACUCUCCAUGUGGGACCCCUUCCAGAAUGCAGCCAUGGCUGUGACCAGCCUCUACAAAGAGAGUGGGCAUGCCCACCAACGAAGUUUUGACCUGGGCAUCCAGGUGGGCCACCAGCGUCGCAUCAAAGAUGUGCUGGAAUGGGUGAAGAAGGGACGGAGCAUCAUCCUCCGCGAAGAUCUGAUCAGUUUCCUGUGUGGCAAGGUGCCUCCCGCGCCCCCGCCGCCGCCUCGCACCCCAAGGAUGCCCGCGAAGCCGGCCUCCGAGGCCCCCAGCCAGGCCGCCGCCACCGAAUCGGGCUCGUCGGUGGACGUCGACCUGCAGCCGUUCCACGAGGCCAUCGCCCUUCAUGGCCUCAGCGGCGCCAUGGCCAGCAUUAGCGUGCAAUCCGGUGCGCCCGGCUCCCCGCCUCAAGCUAGCGAGGUCGCAGGCGGUGGCCGCCGAAGAAGUAGCUUCCUCGAGGAUAACUUGAGCCCGAUCGACUGUGAAGAACUGGCCCUCUGCCUCGACAGUGGGGGGUCCCGCAAGCGCACCUCGGCCGAGUGUGGUGAUGGCGACACGGACUCCCCAACCCACAAGCGCAACCGAAUGGCCUAAACAGGUCUGAACUGCCUCGUGGGUCGCCAGCUGCCAUUUUGCCGAGCCAUCAACUUGCUCGUCGAAAGGGUCCUCCAGGCGAUCUCUUCUCUAAGUUAAACAAAGAUUUCUAUCAGUUUGCCACAAAAAAACCCCAAAAAACAAAAAAACAAACAAACAAAAAACUUUAAAAGUAUUCCAGAAGAGGCUUCCUAUGACUCUGACUUUCCCAAAAUUAUAAUACUAGCAGAGUACAAGUACCAUGUAGUAGUUAGCAAGACCAUUUAAUGCAGAAGUAUCCGGUCAAGCGGGAGCCUGGUUUAUCUUGUUCACAGUUAUUCCGUAGCAUCUAGCACAGUUGCUGGUGCUUAAUAAAUGUUUGUUGAAUGAAUAAAUGUGACUUUAUUUAAAAGUCUUA